CAUACGCCUUCGCUCAAUGUUUUUGUUUUAAGGGUCCUGCUGCUGGUAAAACAAGUGAACACAAAAUGGAAAUGGCAGGCCUUACAUUGAGUGUUUUAUGUCUUCUUUUUGCUUCAGCAACAAGCACAGAGUCACCGCCCAGGCAACUGAAUACGGAAAACAUCCUGAUCAACGUGACAGCAGGGACUUUGGCGGAUACAGAGUUACACGAUUCCAACAACUUGCAGAUCAACUUAAAUAUAUCUGUGGGUGACGAGCAGGUGCUGGUGAAUGACAUCCCUGUAGAGCUGUCGGGGGUCACCAGGUUCACCUGUCAGGCUCUUCUAUUGGACAGCAUAAACGGGAGCAGUGACUUUGAAUCUGGGGACUUGGUGUCGACCGUUACCCGGGUGAUGGUUAGCCAGAACCGCCUGUACAGCGACUCGGAGGAGGUGGUGGCUCUGCAGGUGUUCAGUGAAGUUAUAGAGAUGGAGGGCAAAGAGGUCCAGCAGCCUGAGAUGUGUGAGGUGAAAAUAUUGAUGAGCCCAGAUUUUCAGAAGUUGGCUCAGUUCACCAACAUCUACCCCAUCGGACACAGCGAGAUCUUCAGGGUUCCCCGGGAGAACGAUGUUGUCGUCACAGAUCCACCAAAUCGUAGAAAAGACGAAGAACAGCUGAUUUCUCAGACCACCAGCCAGUACUCCCUGAAGCAAACAGAGACCACCCAGGAGGAGAUUGCAGCGCCGGGGAAGCUCCCAGAGACUCCCCUCCGAAUGGACCCCGACCUGCUGUACGACGUCAGAUACGAUGAUGAAUUUGAAGAUAGAGAGACGAGCCAGACCGAUCCGAUUCAGAUGGAGUCUCCGCCAAAAGAACUCGUAUCGUCUUACUCUGCCAUGUGUCAGUGGGUGGAGGAGGUGAGAGAGCGUCUGAGGCGCUUUUGCUCCGAGUCACUUCCUCUGUUCUUCCUGGUCAUGUGGGUGGUGGUGAUCGGCGUCGUUGGAUCAGCGGUCAUCGUCAAGAUCUUGGACAUGUUCUUCCCAGCUUGUGAACACAAGCACAUUUUCCACAUAAACCCCGCCACUCUGAUGCCAGAGGAGGAGAAGCACAACCUUCUGGAGAGCAUCGAAAUGGAAGCAGAGGAAGACGAGAAGAAGCCUUGAGUGAGGAUUGACCUCGCCAGCUCCGUUUAUUUUUUUCAGUUUGUUCUUAUUCGUUCUUUAACCGCGGUUACUGUUACGUCGUUAGCAUGGCCUGGUUUUGAUGGCAGCUUCACUUCUUCCUUUAACCCUUUAAAAACAACUUGUAGAAAAAAAGGACGUGUUUUCAGCCACCCGAUUGACCUGAAUGAUUUAGUUGGUGAGUUGCUAGUCGAGGGAAAGGUUAGUAGGAUGUUUCUCCAGUUCGGUCUCUAAUGAUGUCAGCUGUCACAGCACUGUUUCAGGGUUGAGCUGUGGUACGCCCGCACUGCGUGUACCAGCGUCCGUGCUAUCAGCUCGUAGUUUACACGUCAAACUUUUUAAAACGAGACAGAGUUCAAGGCAAGCCACUUUAUUUAAUCACAGCUCUUUUUUUCCUUGCCUUUUAAAGAAACAAAUCCCUUUUAACUGGAAAAUGACCCUAAGUACUUUUUCCUUUACCCACUUCACAUGACACUGCUAUGUGGCGUUCCUUUAGAGAUGGUUAAAAAAACGAUCUCACCUCAAGGUCCUCUUGUAGCCAUUCUUCAUGCGUGAUUACACGUUUUGAACUUUCUGGAUUUGAAGGAGAAGGUCAACAGUUUAUCGAGCAGGCAUCUUCCUUUCUUGCCGAGGGUUUCUCUGCAUUCACACGCUCCUCUGACUUUUCCAAAUCUGGUGAAUAUGAGCUUCAAGUCAUAACGUGAAAACGACUUGUUCACUACAAGCAACAUGUGUUUUUUUUUCUAUUGCUCAGAAAUAAUCCUGAUGAAUCCAUGCAGACAGCAACGUCUGAACUGUUACAACCUUGUUCCAAAUUUAAAACUAAUUAUAAACAAUAAAAUACUCAAAAUGUAAAAAUGACAUUUUGUGUCUGUCUGCAGGUUUUUCUCAGACUUUGAGUUGUUUAACUGACCUGAGUAAAUGGUAAAUGGACUUGAGCUUGUAUAGUUCUUUGACUACUCAAAGCUCUUUUACACUGCAGGUCACACCUACAUGUUCACACACUGAUGGUAGAGGCUGCUGAGUAAGAGUCCAUCAGAAUUAACUCAUCCAUUUAUACAUCGCUGAUGAAGCAGCGAGAGCAGUUUGGGGUUAAGUGUCUUGCCCAAUGACUGCAGGAGCUGGGGAUCGAUCCCUGACCUUGUCUGAGAGAGUAGAGAGACUCUACCACUGAUCCACAGCCACUGCUGAGUGGGGCAUUCAUCUCAUUGUUCUAGGAGUCUGGCAGGAGAAACUCCAGGUGAAAUCUGAGCAAAAAAUUCUCCUGAUUGCGUUCACACAUACAGCUCCUCCAGGAAAUAUUCCAAGAAUUUCAGGAGUUUUCUGCAGGUGUGAAAGCACUAUUAUUGUGAGAUUGGGAUUGCCUGAAACUGGUCGAGUUUACAGGAAGUCAUUCAUCCCCAAACUCUGAGCAAGAAAGGAAUAAAGAGCGAAACAUGCGACUAAUUUUAGCAAAACAUGAAUAAAACUGGAAAAAGGCCGAUUGAGCAACUCGAUGGAAGUUCCUCAAAUUGUCGAGGAUUAUGUGAUUCGAUUAAGAGCUUCAAAAAAAGCUACUAGAAGCACUUUGUGGUGAGACUGUUGUUUUUUUUUCAGUUGGCUGUUGUCACCAAAACCUUCACAAAAACAGAGAGAGAUAUAUAAAGACUGUCGGAUUAACACAUGAAUAUGAACAAACUGAGUAUUUCAGGGAGCGAUCCAAUGACGUCAACUUCUUUAAAUUCACCAAAAAAACAAACAACUUUCUACAUGUAGCACUUCUGUACAGGUCACACUGUUUGUUUUGUUUUUCUCUCCAAACUUGUUCCCUACUGCUGAGAUGGAGUAUGUGAAGUGUAACUGAAUCUUCAUCGAGUACAUUUCUUUAUUUAUUGAGGCAGACAGUAGCCCCUCUCUGUCCUCCGUGAAGUGAAGGAAGAAGACGACUUUAAGCCAUCGUCUCUCAAUCUGAUGUCAUGGGUAGAUGCGUUAGUUAUUUUUCGUGAUCACGAGCGUCUCGGCCAGAUGCGAAAAAACGACUUUUGUGUGCACACGUUCAGUAUCAACUCUUUUCCUCUCUUCCAAACCUCUGAAUGUCACCACUUUAAAAAAAAACUCCAGCUGUCCACUUCUGAGGCUCACUUAAUGAUUGUCUCUCUUCUCGGUGCCUCUGGCUACUUUUGGAGAUCUAUGAAAAAAGAAAAACUGUCAUUUUGAAUUCUUUCUUUCGACUUAUUCAGCGUGUGGUUUCCUGUUCCUAAUAAUGGAGAAUGUAUGUGAGGUUGUUCAGAUUGUCUAUGCACUCUAAACAUAUAUAAGAUAAAUCACUAUUACUGGACUGAUGUGUAUCUCAAGAAAUUACUGAUUGGAAAUAAUCUGCACCUUGGUGUGAAUGGAGUCAAACAGGCUUUAGUCUCUGUGUGUGUGUGUGUCUGUGUGUGUGGGGGGCUAGUUUUCACGAGGCGGCGUGCGAGGAACCAAGCAGGUGGGCACAAGGCAGUAUUCUGGUCAAAGGAGUGGAGGUUUGAUUCACUGAUUAUUUUAAAAUUGUCAUGCAAACGUCCUGUUUGUGAAACCUCGGAGCAGCAGAAGUGUUGCUUGUGCCUCCCUGAGGUCCAGUUAACCUGCAGAGUGCAUGAUGUGCUGUAACAGCAAGAGGUGCAUGUGUAGUCUAGCUAGUGAAUGCUCUGCGCUGUUCAAUCAGCAAAGUAUACAAUAAUCAAAAAAAAAAAAAAAAAGAAACUAGGAAGCUGCAUGAUGAUGACGCAAAACAGCUCAACCUGAAUUUGGAUCAGCCUCGAAUUGAUCGACUGAAAACAACAAAGUGCUGUAGAUGAAAAGAAAUGAGCCUGUAAGGCAUGAUGUCAGAUUUUCUUCAGAAGAAAAACUAUUCUGUAUAUUUUAAUUUGUUCUUUGUUGAAAUGUUGGUCGACUCGUGUUACUUUCUUUUGAGACAUUGUGAUGAUAAAUUGUAUGAAUAACAGCUGGACUGUGUGAUCGGGUGGAAAUCCUGCUGAUUAAAUGCUUUCCUUAAGACUAUAA